CCCGCGAAACAUCUACGGAAAAAAUCUGAACGCUCACAAUAGAGACAGUGUCCGCAGUGGACACACAGAGAACCGAAAGUUCCAGCAAGGUUUUGCUUCGAAUCAAUUACUGUUCGGUGACGGCGAGAAGUGUUCGGAACGCCUCCCCCGAGUGGGAGCGGCCAAUAUCCACGCUCUCGCCGCGUAUCAAACUAAUCUUGUUAAAUGUGAGUCAAAAGAUUCUUAAUAUUCACUCUGUCAAAACAUCUUGCUUGCCGUUUUCGUUGCGGCAUAUCGUGUGAACCGAUUGACGCGACACGCGUUCGUCAGUAAAGUGCCGCAGUUUUAUACCUAUACGUUUACGGUCAAUAAAUAAUGACUAUUAAGUUCGAGUAGUAGUACCUAUUGGACAAUCAAAUACUCUCACUCGUUGACUAUUUAUUGGGCAUUUAUUUGUAUAUUUCAUUUAAAAGUAUGCGGUCGUCAAGUUUAACAUUGUACAGUGGCUGUCAAUGCGACAAAGGAAAUCGGUGAAACGCAUCGUUGCAACGGCCACAAAAAGACCGGUGUUUGGUGAUGGUGAUCGUGAGGUGAUGGAGGAGAACUGUACCAUGCGGCCGUGUAGCACGGAUUUUAGCAUAGCCGCGAUUAUGUCUAGGCAUGGACGCACAAGAACUUCAUCCAAUAAGUGCAAGGAUCGGGACCCUCCAAACUGUAUUUCACCGCUAGAAAAAUUUGUAGAAACAUCAAGUUCAUCGGUUGCAUCCACGCCAGAGCCAGUCACGUUGGACUGUGCAAUGGUUUCUCAUCCCGUUGACUUGGAUAGCGGCCGCGAUUCUCCGGUAGACGUGUCCUCGACGUCCGAAUCUUCGGUCACCUGUCAUACGACCAGUCGGUCGUCACCGCCUCACAACCGUAAUCCUCUUCUGCAGGAACGAUGGAACUGCGAGGAGCUUAGAAAUGUAACCUGUCAUCUAGAAACCAAAGAACUGUGGGAUAAGUUUAACGACUUAGGGACGGAAAUGAUUAUCACCAAGACUGGGAGGCGAAUGUUUCCUACGGUAAGGAUCUCGUUCACUGGAAUUAGGCCGGAUCAAAAGUACGUCGUCAUUCUCGAUAUAGUUCCUGUAGAUAAUAAACGUUAUCGAUACGCUUAUCAUCGAUCGUCGUGGUUAGUUGCGGGCAAAGCUGAUCCACCCGCCCCAUGUCGGCUCUACGCUCAUCCCGAUUCACCCUUUACUGGAGAGCAGCUCAGAAAACAAGUGGUUUCCUUCGAAAAGGUUAAACUAACAAACAACGAAAUGGACAAGCACGGACAUUUAGUCCUGAAUUCCAUGCACAAAUAUCAACCAAGGAUACAUCUGGUUAAAAGGCAAGACGGUGCGUCAGGUCCCAUCGUUGAUCUUGAAAGUGAAGAAUAUAAAACCUUUAUUUUUCCUGAAACAGUAUUUACUGCAGUAACUGCCUACCAAAAUCAGCUG